AUUUCCCAGACAAGUUUUUACCAAAUGGGGUUUCUGGAUCUUUUUGCUGUGGCAAUGAUGCCAGUUUUAAAAGUACUAUUGAUUACUGGUGUUGGCUUGUUCCUUGCCAUGGAUCGCAUAAAUCUUUUGGGACAGGAGGCUAGACACCAUUUGAACAAUAUUGUAUUCUAUGUGUUCUCUCCUUCACUAGUAGUCAGCACCUUGGCUGAAACUAUCACUUUUGAAAGUUUAGUUACCCUGUGGUUCAUGCCGGUGAAUAUUUUGAUAACAUUCAUUAUUGGCUCAGCACUUGCUUGGCUUCUCAUAAAAAUCACUAAAACUCCUACACACCUUCAAGGCAUGGUAAUUGGUUGCUGUUCUGCAGGAAAUUUGGGAAACUUGUUUCUCAUUAUGAUUCCUGCUGUCUGCUAUGAGUCAAAUAAUCCAUUCGGAGAUUCAUUUGUUUGUGCUACAAAUGCUGGGGCUUAUGCUUCUCUAUCUACCGCAAUUGGAGCCAUUUUUAUAUGGUCUUAUGUGUAUCCUAUCAUGUUUGAGUAUGCAAAUAAGAGUAGGGGAAAUGACCCUAUCAUUACCAUCAUAUCUUCUGGAGAGACAGAAAAAUUUUCAGACAGUUACACAGAAGCUUUACUACCUUCAAGGGAUUACCACAGAUCAGAAGAUUAUUCAGGACAAGAUGAGCUGCUUUGCACCAUCUCCGGGCCCAGUGAGAGUAAAAAGAUGUCAGUUCUGAAGAACACAAUUGAACAGAUCAAACUUAUUAUUGGGAAGAUUGACCUGAAGAAGGUGUUUACACCAACAGCAAUCGCAGCGAUUGUUGGGUUUAUCAUUGGGACAGUCUCUCCAAUUCGGGAAGUAAUAAUUGGUGAUACUGCUCCUCUUCAUGUCGUUGAUACUUCUGUAUAUUUGCUGGGGGAGGCAACAAUUCCUUGUAUGACCUUGGUGCUAGGGGCAAAUCUUCUAGCAGGUCUAAAAAGAUCAGAUGUAAGUCUAGUAGUCAUUGCAGGGAUUAUAGUAGUGAGGAACAUAUUAUUGCCGCUCUUGGGGAUUGGAGUUGUCAAAGCUGCAAGCCAUUUCGGAAUGGUUGGAUCGGAUUCCUUGUAUCAAUUUGUUCUUAUGCUUCAGUAUGUAGCUCCACCUGCAAUGGCUGUAGGUACAAUGACACAAUUAUUUCAGCAGGGUCAGGUUGAAAGUUCUGUUAUUAUGCUAUGGACUUAUGCAGUCGCUUCAUUCUCCCUCACACUUUGGACAACCUUGUUCAUGUGGCUUGUGGCUUGAUUUGUUAUUCCUUUUUUUUUUUUUUUUUUGCUUCUUGUUUCUGGCACCACAACAGAUAACACUGCAAAGCUAUACAACCCAGUUUAAUGCAGAUAUAGGUAGA